AUGAUGGAGAAUGAUGCAAAGUGUAUACAGAUUGAUGACAUGGAAGCCAAGGUUUUCAAGAUGAUGCUCCACUUUAUUUACACGGACACACUGCCUAAUAUAGAUGAAGGUGAAAUCACGGAGAUGGCUCAACAUCUGUUUGUGGCGGCAGACAGAUACAAUUUGGAGAGGCUCAAAUUGAUUUGCGCGAAUAUGCUGUGCAACUACAUGGAUGUAGGUACAGCGGCGACUACAUUGGCACUGGCUGAGCAGCAUGAUUGUGACAAGCUUAAGGAGGUAUGCUACAGGUUCCUCAAGUCUUUUCAAAAUUUGAAGGCAGUCACGCUGACUGUGGCUUUAAGCAUCUCAAGAUCAUUCGCCCCAAUAUUCUAG